GAAUAGAUUUAGCCAAAAGAGACAACCUGUCAUGCAUCAAAUCCCUCAAGGAUGAGUUAUAGAAGACAUUGAAGAUCUAGGUGUUUCCAGUAUAAUUUAUGCUUCAGAGCUUAGCUCAGCGAGUGAGAAGCAACUUCCAUGGGUAAAUGAUCAUGAAACCCUUCAUUCUGAUGGUGCUAAAUCGAAAAAGAGCUCUUUUUCUAUCAAAUUGGCGAAUCAGAUUAAAAAAUUGCGAAAGAUCAAUGGCAUUCUUCCAAACAUUAAAACUCCAGUAGCUGAAUCCAAAAACAGAGGAAAAUUAGCUAGUUACAAUAUAAAAGUUGCUGGAGUAUCACAGAAAGCAAACAUUGAAAGGGAGAAGGCGAAUGACGACUGUAUCUUGAUGAAAUUAUUUUCAAAGAAUAUGGGCAAAGCCUCACCAAAAAUUCUAACCAAUCUUAGAAGUCGAAGCUCAAAUUUCUUCAAUCACUUCAACGUCGACAAAGAGUUUGAACUUUUUCAAUCAGCUGAAGUAAAGAAAAGACCUUUCCUCGAUCUUGAGAUAAGGAGAUCAAUUAAUAAAGUAGAUGACUUGAAAGCUGUACUUACAAAGAAAAUAGUAAAGAAAAAGUUCACGUUUAAAAGUUCUGCUUCCACGGACUGUAAUACCAUAAUUACAGCAGACUGUACUCCAAUUAAGGUUGAUGGUGCUAAAACUUCUGGAAAACCUGGCAAAUUCUUGUACUCACCAAUUCUCCCUGCUUCUAAAUGAAAGAAUAAGGAGUUAAAAUAAGUCUGUAUGGAUACUGAAUCUUAGAGGUAAUGCAAGCUCAGUCUUGAAACUUUCCAAAACUUCCAGAGGGAACAGUAAGGAUAAGCCAAAUAGUUCAUCAAAAGCUCUAACAAUCCGAGCCCCAUUGAAAAAGCUUAAGGUGAAGAACUCAUUAAAAAUCAACAAGAAGCUGUCAAAUAAAGGCAAAAAUAGUAGCAAAAAGAAGCAAAGAUGUCUAAAAACUAAAAAGAAGCGCAAGCAUUCUCAAGUUCAAUCCCAGAGAAGGCCAGAGCAAGGAUCAAGGCGUAAGAUAAAGGAGAGCUCCCAUAUGUAUAUCUAAAUCAUAUUUUUGUCACUCAAUUGAUG